UAUUUCAAAAUAGUUGAACAAGCUUUUAUUGUGAAUAAAACUGUCAACAACAAGAGUGUUCAACGAUCUUACGUAUUAUUUUACUUCGAAAGUCUAAACAAAAGAGGUUUUAUAUUCACUAGUACACUAAAAACCUCUGAAACCAGAUAAAAUGUCAUCAAAAGAAGAAAAAGAAACUGACAAUGUCGUUGACAACCUUGAUACGUCUGUGGACACUGAGGAUAUUUUUGUGAACUCCGUUGAAGCUGUGAGGAGAUGUUCUAGACAGAACGCGUUUGAUACAUCCUGGGAGCAGAGUUAUUAUGCCUCGUUCCCUAAAACAAAAGAGGACACGACACCUCCUUUUGCGAGUGCGAUGGUAAUGGACGUCAGCCCUGGGAGGGUCAGCAGCUCCACACAAACGGAUGACAGCUCCAUGCUUAAGAACGCCGAGCCGACAAUAGACGUGAGCCUGUCGUUUAGCAAAGACUUCAACUUGCAAGAAUCCACGUCGAAUGAGAAUUCGGAACACUCUUUAGGUAAUAAACGUUAUAGACGCGCAUCUACUGAUGACAACAGGGAAGUUCGACCCUGGAAGAAGACGAAAAGUGAGUCGUGUACGUCGAGCUCGUCAGACGUGAACAACAAGCUGUCUGUAGGCCCGUCCACCUCCGGGCACCUGUCCAGCACGUCGGAUACGUCCUUUAAGUCCAUUAGCAGCAACCGCUCGUACAAAGUGCGCAAGAGACGGCUCAAAUCUGACUCUAAUCUGUUCAGAGACGCACUCCAAAGGUCGAGGAAGAAUAUCAACUUAACACACAAUUACUCUGAAAAUAACACACCAUCAGGUGGGACGCCGCGUAAAGAGAGGAGCCACCGGCGGGCCACCAGGACCCCGUCGUGGCGGCUCGUGGACCUCUGCACAUGGAUCGGACGAAAGAGUUACCAAUCCAUCACUGGCCUCUAUUCAGACCUUCUCCGGGAGCCCGGGGCUCGGAAGCAGUUCGACAGUCCUCUGGUGGGUGAGCUCAAAGAAAUGAAGAAGUUUCUAGAAGAAGUGGACAAGAAACAGCAGCGGCUCGAACGGGAGAAUCAGACGCUCAAAGAAGAUAUGUCCAUGAUGAAAGAGAAGAUUGGCGAACUUGAAGGGAAGAUAAGGAAGCAGGAAAGCCAGCUGAGCCUCCCUCGUUCGCCCCCGAGUGCGCCUCCGCCUCCGCCGCCGCCGCCACCCCCUCCCCCGCCGCCGCCACCGCCCCCAUCCCGCUUGCCCGUGCGCUCGCAUACUAUCCCCAGAUGUGGCUCCGCUCCCCCAAGGAUCGUUGGCCCCCGCCUCACCAUCACCCCACAAGACAUUGCCAAUGUUAAGCUUAGGAAAGCGAAGGACAACCCUCACCGCUCGAAGCCUCUACACGCAGAGCAGCAGCCGCUGGUCACGCAGCAGAUGCUGCAGACGACGCGAGCCAAGCUUGGCAGAGCGCGCCCCGUCGCCGCCUCCACGCCUAAACAACAGCUCUCCGAACUCGAGAAAUGUCUACUACAAGAAUCGUCAGUAAUAUCCCUUUACCGACGUCGAGUGGCGAGGAACACUUUCCGAAGCGCGGAAGAGCUACGAGUGAAGCCCUACCCCACAUCCCGGGGGCCCCGUUCACCAAGGUCCCCGCGGUCAAACUCACUGCCUAGGAGAACGCCAAUAUCACCGUUAAAAUUACCAAAUGGUACCUCAAAAACGUAACCAAUGUACGUAAACAUGCGAAGGUGUCAGAUAAAUUACCUACGUACUUAUUUUAUUUAGAUUAUGCGAAGUGGUUUUAAAUAUCGAACGGAUUAUAGAAAUUCAUUUCGAUGUUAGCCUCAGGUGCCUGGCGAGCUAAUGUUACGGCCCUGCCCUGGAUGGAUACGGCCCUACGGUAUGCCCGAGUUUAAAAAAAAAUAUUUUGCUUUAAUACGAUUAGAUUUCAAAGUUAAUUUCUUUAGUAAGAAAAUAAUAAAUGCACAAAAUAGAAAUAAUGUGCCAGUAUAAAACUUGAGUUUCCUGUUGAAUUUAAUUUUAUCCCAUCGUUAAUUACUACGAACUUAUCUUAUUUUUUGAAAACUUUAUUUACCUAUUAAUGAUGUUAGCGUUGUUGGCUAAUAAUAACGUUAUAUUACGGUGGUUUUAGCAACUGGAACUGUGAAUUUUUGACGAUUUUAUUGUAUUAAUUAGUGAUAAUUCAAUGUGAAAUGAUUAUAUUAUUAAAAUGUGAUUUAAAUAAAUAUGAAUGAUUAUCUUA